AUCUUCGUCAGUCUAUGCAUAUACAUUUAGCAAUAUAUUCACUGUAUGGCAAAAUUAUAGCAUGAACAAAAACAAUCACACAUAAACUCUUGUAAUUGGGGAAUCAAAGAUGCACAGCACUUCCGGAAGAGGUAGCCAGCAGGUAUCCUUCCACUGGCCUGCCAGAUGACAGCGCCUGUUCAGGAGACCGGAAUUUGCUCUGACACGUGACAGCCGUACCGUUCAUAAGGACCUUCCGUCUACCAUUUAACUUUCGCUUUUGGUCAUACAGUGUCAUCAGGGCUAUAUAAAAAACGUCCCAUUUGAAGCACAAGGGAACAAGGAAACAGUUCUUCGAUUUGUUGCGACGAGAGAAGGAGCAAAUAAAACAUCGAUAAUCAUGAACAGCCGGAUGGAUCAGAUAGCGAAUCUGUUGGAAAAGAUCAAGUUAAUUUCUGAGGAAGCUGCGCACACACUACGUGAUUGUUUUUUUCACCUUCAGAGACUGCUAAUGAUCAUGGUAUUCCCUCAUUAAAAAUGAAGGACCUUAAUGAACUCCUGCCAGGUGAAUGUAAUUUGCAAAUUCGGACACAGAUCAUGGAUCUCAUCAACGCAUUUUUACAGGAACAAGAUGGACAAAGUAUGGAGUCAGUCCCAGCUGAAAUCAUGAGUCAUUUUUCCGCUUCAGAAGCAGUUUCCUAUGAUCCAGAUAUUCUGGCAUCAACAAGAGAGAACCUUAAUAAACUCCUGCCAGGUGAAAGUAAUUCUCAACUUCGAAGUCACAUCAUGGGUCUCAUCGAUGUGUUUUUACAGGAACAAGCCAGACAAAGUAUGGAUUCAAUCCCAGCUGAUGUCAUGAAGACUGUUCCCUAUGAUCCAGAUAUUCUGAGAUCAACAACGGAGGACCUUAAUAAACUCCUGCCAGGUGAACGUAAUUAUCAACUUCGAAGUCACAUCAUGGGCCUCAUCAAUGAAUCUUUACAGGGGCAAGCCGGACAAAGUAUGGAAUCAAGCCCAGCUGAUGUCAUAAAAGACAAACCUGUUAUCAUAGUGUUCAUGCACCACUGUCGCGAUCUCAGUCACAUGAUCAAUGACAACUGCUUGACUAAAUGCCAACCGUCCAGUGACAACAAAGUGCACAGUUUCCACUGUGCCUACCAUGACUCAGUAGGGCUGCUGAGAUGCCAGGAAAAUGAGCAGGUGGUCAACAUGGUGCGGUCAGAACUGCUGAGAUUUUUAUUACAUUUACUCUGCAGCUAUGCUGACUCACAAGCUGAGGUCCCACAGUCCAGCAUUACUUGCACACAACAGGAUACGGAGCAGCAGCCAAUGGCUACUAAGAAUGCAAAGACACUAAACAUCACUAAAGACAGUGAGCUUCACAGGGGAGGCCCCAAGCCAGUAGAUGAGGGGAGUGAAUCUGAACAGAGGAUGACUGUAUCACCAAUGGAACAUUCCACCGGCUACUCUGGAGGUCUUGCUCCGGAGGCCCCACAGUCCAAUGUUGAUCACACCAAUGUGGAUUUAGAGGAGAAGCAGAUGGCUGCCCAGGAUGGCAAAAGGUCACACAUCGCGAAUGACAGCGAGCUUCUUAGGAACGUCACUGAUCCUGCUGGUGAGGAGAAAGAAUUGCAUCAGCAGGUGUUUGUACCAGCAUUGGAACAUUCCACUGGCCCCUGUGGAGCAGUGAAAGUACACAUUAAUGGAAAAACUUCAAAUCUCCAUGACACUUUCAUGAAGAAGCUGAAUCUGCAGAUAGAUCAGUGCAGUCGAGAGAGCUGCAGUACCAUCCUGGUCUUCUGUCCUUUUCCUUGUCAGACUGGGACAGACAAGGAUGCAGCAAAGAGCAGAGUAACAGAAACGUCAGCGGUUUCUUCGCCUGAAGUGUCCUCCCAGUUUAACCCAAGCCCUAAGAAGAUGAUGUACACUUCUUUAGUGAAAAUCCAGAUUCUGGUUGCCGGAGAAACUUUCAAUACCCAUGAAACCUUCAUACAAAAGCUGAAGCUACAGACAGAGCUCUGCAGUGCAGAGAACAGCAAUGUCAUCCUGGUCUUCUGUCCUGUUGUUUCUCGGAUUGGGACAGACAUGAAGGCAGCAAUGGCCAGAGUUACAGAAGACAAACCUGCCAUCCUGGUGUUCAUGCACCACUGUCACAACCCCAGUCACAUGACCAACAUCAUAGUGGAACCGUGCAGUAGCAACAUAGUGCAAGUCGUCCACUGCAUCUUCCAUGAGUCAGUAGGGCUGCUGGAAUGCCAGGAAAAUGAUCAAGCGGUCAACAUGGUGCGGUCAGCACUGCUGAGGUACAAAAGUAAAGAAACAGACUCUCUGCAGGAGGAGCAUGUUGAAUCACAUGCUGCAGUCCCUCAAUCCCACAAUGGUCCGACAAAGGUUAUUUGCACCAAGUCAGCAGUGACUGUACCAGCUACGGAGCAGUCCACUGCCUCCUCUGAAGAAACUUCAUCGAUGAAUAAGUUCAAACAAUUCUUCCAACGGAAGCCAAGCUUGACUUCAGUGAAAGUGCAUGUGCUGAUUACGGGACAAACGUUCAAGAGUCAUCUUAUCUUCAUUCAAAAGCUGAAUCUGCACAUAGAGGACUGCAGUGCAGAGAGCAGCAGCGUCAUCCUGGUCUUCUGUCCUGUUGUUUCUCAGAUUGGGACAGACAUGGAGGCAGCAAUGGCCAGAGUUACAGAAGACAAACCUGUCAUCCUGGUGUUCAUGCACCACUGUCACAGCCCCAGUCACAUGACCAACAUCACAGUGCAACCAUCCAGGGGCAACAUAGUUCAAGUCGUCCACUGCGCCUACCAUGAAACUACAGGGCUGCUGCAAUGCCAGGAAAAUGAGCAGGCGGUCACCAAGGUGGAAGCAACAUUGAAGAAAUACAAGUGAAGAAACAGACAUGACACAAGAAGCAUGGAUUAAUACUACUAAAUAUUGUGCACAUAUGAUUUUAAUCAGUCUUCAUCAAUUAUACACAGUUUGGAUUUGUCUUUUAUAAUUGCAUGGCAGAUUGCUCACCCAUCUGAAUUGCUGGCUCACUGACUAAUAAUUAUUGGCAGCAGACAUGGUAAAGAGAUUUAAAGAACUAGUAUUGAGUCCCAGUGGAGAUCACUAGAGUGACGCUGUAGUCCAGGGGUGCCCAAGUCCUGUCCUGGAGGGCCAGAGCCCUGCACAUUUUUGGGUUUCCCCUCAUUUAACACACCUGAUUCAACUCCUCAUGCUAAUUACCGCACAGCUCUUGAGCUGAAUCAUUUAUGGUGAAUCAGGGAAAGAACUGAGCUCAGGGCUCUGGCCCUCCAGGACUGGAGUUGGGCACCCCUGCCAUAGAGUAUGGUACCUAAUCUGAACUGCCUUACUGACCAGUACUAGUACAUAAAGGAAAAUGUGAAGAAGGGAGCUUGUUGAAGUCGCCUUAUAAUAGUGUGUCUGUCAAGGAGGAUGAUGGUGUAAUUAUCCUGGUGGGGAGUUUAACUGUAUACAGAGCAUUUCUUGCUGGGAGACACCCACUGUGUAUGAAUGCAUGCAUUAAAUACACACACAAACACAUACAGACAUACGCGCCUUUUUAAUAAUCAUGAAGCAAGUUGAUCAUUCAUUGACAAUCACUAUCACAAUCAGAUUAAGUAAAUUUAACACUUUAAAACAGAGAAAGAUAAUAAAGGUAUUUAAAUACACAUUCUGCGGGUCUGUCAAUUUUAGUGACUCUACAUAUGGAGCUCAAGCUUGAUCCAUCUCUUGAGUUCUGGAAAAGUGUUACAGCAGUAGGAAAGCAGCUUCUUAGAACUAACAAACUAGAACUAACAAUCAAACAUAAAACUGUCUUGCAGUAGAACUUCUGGCCAUGUGAAAAUGGAUUGCUUGAACUUGGGAAAACAAAAAUUAGUCUCCCUCCCCCCAAAGUUUAAGGUUUAGAGAAGCAGAGGCACUGAAAAGAAAAUGGUAUCACUUUACUUAAAGCUGUAAUCUGAAAUUCAUUAUAGAUACCUGUAAAACAAUGGAACUGGGAUAGUGGGAAUUAUAGGGUUAAUGUUUUGUCUUAGGCCUUAUGCAAGAAGACGCUGUUGCAUUCUGGGAUUAUGGUUAGGCCUUAGGCAAGGAGAUGCUCUUGCAUUCUGAAAUUGUGGUUAGGUCUUAGGCAAGAAGAUGGUGUUACAUUUGGGGAUGUGGGAACAACACUUUGUCCUAGGCUUCGAGCCAGAGUGUAUUGUUGUUCUGGUAAAAUUCGUGAGAGGAAGCAUGCUGGAGAAAACACUGUGUGGAACAUGCUGACCGGGCACCAGUCAAGGAGCCGUCCUAAUUGGGAAGAGAGAAUGUAUCUGUUGGGCUUGUGAGGGAAUGCUAACAGGGAACAGCACAUGGGCAGUUUGAAGGGGAGAACCCUGCUCUUAUUCUGUUUGUGAUCAUUUGCGCUGAUAAUAUGAGGUACUUGCCAUCAUUAUAGGAUAUCACAGGUACACUUGGAUAACCACUGUCAGUACAGGCAAUAUGUAACAAUAGAAAAGUAGGUCAAUCAUGUAUUCAUUAUGUUUGUACUUAGUCUAAGCAAGAUUGGAGGUCGGAAGAGGAAAUUCAAGGAUGGACAUACUUUAUGGUGACCAAUGAUGUGGAAUAAGAUCUUGUGGGGGGGGGGGCUUUUGUUUUGAGUGGUGUGCAAGCACUCGGGUUAUGCGGAACACUCUGUUGCGCUCAUUUGCAUCAUCUUACUAAUAAAGAAGAUUUUACCUUA